GGAUACUCAUCAAGGGACAGCGGUACGCCCUCUACUACAUGUCCCAGAACACACUGCGGCAUAUGAGCUGUGUGUAUGUGAGGCAGAGAGCGAGAGGGGAAGAUUUAGGAAUUCGUCUGCAGACUUGGAGCUGCGCUGUUGUAAAAAUAAUGGCCUAGCAGUCCAGCUAGCUGCUAGCAUUUCCUCUUGCAUUUGUGGGUGCUUUGGGUUAUUAGCAGUGGUGGGACGCCUCUCUACAACUGAUACUCCGGAAGAGCAGCAGCCGCCCCCCCAGCAGACUCCAGCAGUGGGAGCAAGAUGGAGGCCUCAUUUGGCCCUACCUUCUCAGCCGUGGCUGCUGGAGCUAAAGCAGAAGGGUCCAGCACCUACAAGCAGCACAGAAGAACUCCCUCCACCUCCAGCACUCUAACCUACUCUCCCCGGGAUGACGACGAUGGAAUGCCUCCCAUUGGAACUCCUCGGAGGUCGGAUUCAGCCAUCUCAGUCCGAUCUCUCCACUCCGAGUCCAAUAUGUCUCUGCGCUCCACUUUCUCUCUGCACGAAGAAGAGGAGGACACAGAGCCCCAGGUGUUUGCUGAACAGCCGUCAGUAAAACUUUGCUGCCAGCUGUGCUGUAAUGUCUUCAAGGACCCCGUCAUCACCACAUGUGGGCACACCUUCUGCAGACGAUGUGCCUUGACUUCAGACAAGUGCCCAGUGGAUGCGGCUAAGCUAACGGUCGUGGUGAACAACAUUGCAGUAGCCGAGCAGAUCGGAGAGCUGUUCAUUCACUGUAAAUACGGCUGCAGGGCCACAGCCAACGGUGCGGCCGCGGCCGCAGCCCCCACCUCCACAGUGGCCGGGAAACCUGGAGCGUACGAGGUGGACCCACUGGGUUGCCCGUUCACCAUCAAACUGUCCACACGCAAAGAACAUGAGGCCAGUUGUGACUACAGGCCAGUCCGCUGCCCCAACAACCCCUCCUGCCCCCCGCUGCUCACCAUGAACCUGGAAGCUCACCUCAAAGAAUGUGAACACAUCAAAUGUCCACACUCCAAAUAUGGCUGUACGUUCAUUGGUAACCAGGACACGUAUGAAACACACCUGGAGGUGUGUAAAUUUGAGGGUCUGAAGGAGUUUCUGCAGCAGACUGAUGAUAGGUUCCAUGAGAUGCAGCUGACUCUGGCCCAGAAGGACCAAGACAUUGCUUUCCUGCGCUCCAUGUUGGGCAAACUAUCAGAGAAGUUAGAUCAGUUAGAGAAGAACCUGGAGCUCAAAUUCGAUGUGUUGGAUGAGAACCAGAGUAAACUGAGUGAGGACCUGAUGGAAUUUCGUAGAGAUGCCUCCAUGCUUAACGAUGAGUUGUCCCACAUCAACGCCAGGCUCAACAUGGGAAUCCUGGGCUCAUACGACCCCCAGCAGAUCUUCAAGUGUAAGGGGACAUUUGUUGGCCACCAGGGUCCUGUUUGGUGUCUGUGUGUCUACUCCACUGGAGACCUGCUCUUCUCUGGAUCCUCAGAUAAGACUAUCAAGGUAUGGGACACCUGCACCACCUACAAGUGUCAGAAAACCCUUGAGGGGCAUGAUGGCAUCGUACUGGCACUGUGUAUCCAGGGAAACAGGCUAUACAGUGGCUCUGCAGACUGCACCAUCAUCGUUUGGGACAUCCAGACCCUGCAGAAAGUCAAUACUAUCCGUGCCCAUGACAACCCUGUAUGUACACUGGUCUCCUCCCACAACAUGUUGUUCAGCGGCUCCCUCAAGGCCAUUAAGGUGUGGGACAUCGUGGGUACGGAGCUGAAGCUGAAGAAGGAGCUAACCGGUCUGAAUCACUGGGUUAGAGCACUGGUGGCUUCCCAGAACCACCUGUACAGUGGCUCUUAUCAGACCAUCAAGAUUUGGGACAUCCGGUCUCUGGAGUGUGUUCACGUCCUGCAGACCAGCGGCGGCAGCGUCUACUCCAUCGCCGUCACCAACCACCACAUAGUCUGUGGCACCUAUGAAAACCUCAUCCAUGUGUGGGACAUUGAGUCUAAAGAGCAGGUGCGGACCCUGACAGGUCAUGUGGGAACAGUUUACGCUCUUGCUGUCAUCUCCACCCCUGACCAGACCAAAGUGUUCAGCGCCUCUUACGACCGCUCACUCCGGGUGUGGAGCAUGGACAACAUGAUCUGUACCCAGACCCUGCUGAGACACCAGGGCAGUGUAACAGCUCUAGCUGUCUCCAGAGGGCGCCUCUUCUCUGGAGCUGUCGACAGCACCGUAAAGGUGUGGACAUGCUAAACAAACAGUUUGCUCUGCAGGAGUCCAGUCAACACCUCUCUUUGUGUGUCAGAGAGACGCUAUGAACUGUAACCUUUCCACAUGAUUUCCUCCUCCGCACCCGUUUCUUUGAUUGUGAUUUAACGGCCGCAGGCCGAUAAUAACCGCCACUUCACAGUCGAGCUGCAUCAGAAACUAUUUUACUAAAUGUUGCUUUUAAAACUU